GUACCAUGUCUGGCAUGAUUUCUUUAUCUAAUGUGCCUAUCUUUGCGUUAUGUGACACUAGAGCUACUCAUUCCUUUAUCUCUUCUCGAUGCUUGGAUGCCCUGUCUAUUGAUAAUGUGUGCAAUUGUGACCCUCUCGAGGUUAGUCUAGCCUCGGGAAAGAUCAUUAUUUCUGAUUCUAUGAUUUCCAGCCAUCCAGUCAGUAUUGGCGGGCGUGUUUUAGAGGCCGAUUGUUAUGUGAUUGAAAUGCGGGACUUCGAUGUGAUCUUGGGCAUGGACUGGCUCACUCGCUAUCGAGCCGAUAUCCGGUGCCAGGAGCGCGAAGUUAGUCUCUUCCCCGUUCCCGAUCAGCCUGUUAUUUUUUAUGGGGUGAAGUCGAGGACUGUGCCUCGAGUCAUCUCUUCGAUGCAAGCUAGGAAGAGCCUUUCUAAGGGUAACUGUCAAGGCUAUCUGGUUUCUAUGAUAUCCGAGGACGAUUUUGAGAGGUCCCCAAAGAGAGUCUCUAUUGUCUGCGAGUAUCUUGAUGUCUUCCCUGAUGAAUUGCCCGGAGGACCGCCCGACCGCCAAGUGGAGUUUACCAUUGAUCUAGUCCCAGGAACCGACCCUGUUUCUAAGGCCCCUUAUCGUAUGGCGCCGAAGGAGCUUCAAGAGCUCAAGGCCCAGAUCCAGGAGUUGCUCAAUCUUGGUUUCAUUCGUCCGAGUGUCUCGCCGUGGGGAGCACCCGUCCUAUUCGUAAAGAAUAAAGACGGAUCAAUGCGCAUGUGUAUUGACUAUCGGGAGUUGAAUGCCCUUACA